AUGCUCGUCCCGCUUGAUGCAGAGAACAACAAGGCCACCAUGGCCCAACAACCGCUCGACGCCUGCUGCACCUGUGCAACCCUUUUAUCCUCGGUCCCCCGCUUCGUUCUGGAAACCGAGAAACCUCUUCCGGACGAUCGCCGAUUGAGUUGCUGCGGCCGAGUGAUUUGCGGUAACUGUAUAUAUAACAACCCCCGUUUCAGCAGUUACUGUCCCUACUGCCAGACCCCAUCAUCAUCAUCAUCAUCUUCCUCUUCAUACCCUACUCCCAUAAACCCCCACGCUAUCCCCCCUACCACAGCAGAAACCCAAGACCCCAAACCAUCAAAAGACCAAAAAGUACCCGACACAAUCCACCACCUCCACCCGCACGAUACCCUCCCCUCCCUCUCCCUCCGCUACUCCGUCCCUUUGCCCAUCCUCCUCGCCCACAACCGCCUCCCCCUCUUCUCCCUCUCCACCUCCUCUUCCCCUUUCCAUUCCAGCUCUUCCGCGCUUUUGUUCGCCCGCGGUAGACGCACCAUCUUGAUCCCGGGGGAAUACAACCCAUCCGGCGUUUCACUUUCUCCUUUUCCCGUGGAGAGCGAGGAAGAAAUCGAGAAAAAGAAAAAGAUAAGGAAGUGGAUGAUGAGGACGAAAGUGGCGGAUUAUGAUGUUGCGGUUUUGUAUUUGGAGGGGUGUGGGUUUGAUGUUGAGCAAGCGGUGAAGGCGUUGAGGGAUGAUGAGAGGUGGGAGAGGGAACAUCCUUUGAGGGAUGGGGAUCAGGGGAGGGGGACGACGAAGGGGAAAGGGAGGGUUAUGGGGAGGACGUGGAUAAGUGGGGUGAAGAGGUUGGUUCCUCCUGCCUCUACGGUUGGGAAGUAG